CUACAAAAAAAUUAUUACGAAUUAAUUGAAAAGGAUUAAAAAGAAAAAUUAUAUGUUAAAAAGGUGUUUAUUUAAAGCUCUAAUUAGAUAGUUUUGAGCCAAGUUUUCGUCACGUUUAGAAAAUGUUCGUAUACCAUUGCGUUCUAAAUAAAGGUUACUUAAAGUUGGGCGCUUUUAAACAAAUCAAUAAAUUCUACAAUGGUCCGAUAUGCGGUAAGCAUUUUUCUACUGCCUCAAGGAAGGCAACAACGGUUUUAAAAAGUGUCAAUAAAUAUGAAUUGUCACGAAUAUUGCAAAGAGAGAUGUCAGGCAGUAGUAAAGGUCCUCGGCCAAGAUUAAAACAUUCUGAUGUAGCUAGGUUGUUUUCUUUGGCAAAACCAGAAAGAUGGAAAUUAUUAGGAGCUGUUUCAUUAUUAUUAGUAUCUAGCACUGUUACGAUGGCGGUGCCUUUUAGUUUAGGUAAAAUUUUAGAUAUUAUUUAUACAAGCACCGAAGAAAUUGAUGCAGCAAGGGCUAAAUUAAACAAAGUUUGUGCAGUUUUGUUAACUGUAUUUUUUGUUGGAGCUAUAUGUAAUUUUGGGAGAAUUUAUAUUAUGUCAACAGCUGGAUAUAGAAUGACACAAGCUUUAAGAUUAAAGGUGUUUUCGUCAGUUUUAAAACAAGAACAAGGUUUUUUUGAUACCAGACCAACUGGUGAGCUUGUAAAUCGAUUAUCGGCGGACACACAACUUGUUGGUCAAGCAUUAACAGGAAAUAUUUCAGAUGGUUUGAGGUCUACUAUUAUGGUGUGUGCAGGAACUGGAAUGAUGUUUUAUAUGUCCCCAGAGUUAGCUUUAGUUGGUUUGGCAAUUGUACCCCCAAUAGCGAUCGUAGGGGUAAUUUAUGGCCGUUUUGUUCGUAAAAUAUCAAAAGCCGUCCAAGACGCCUUGGCCGAUGCUACUCAGGUAGCUGAAGAACGCAUUUCAAACAUCAGAACCGUGAGAACGUUUGGGCAAGAAUCUAAAGAGUUAGUUACUUAUAAAUCUAAAAUAACUAAAAUUCUUCAAUUGGGGUACAAAGAAUCUAAAGCAAGAGCUUUAUUUUAUGGAAUGACUGGAUUAUCAGGAAAUAUAAUAAUAAUCUCCGUUUUAUAUUAUGGUGGAGUUAUGGUGUCCUCGAAUACAAUAACUGUUGGCAAUUUAUCAUCAUUUUUACUUUACGCGGCGUAUAUUGGGGUAUCCGUGGGUGGUUUAUCGUCAUUUUAUUCUGAAUUAAAUAAAUCACUGGGUGCUGCAUCGAGAUUAUGGGAAUUAAUCGACCGUCAACCAGAAAUAGCUAAUUCAGGUGGGAUAAUCCCGCGAAAUCCACCGGAAGGACACAUUCAAUUCACAAAUUUAGAUUUUAAUUAUCCUUCAAGACGAGAUAUUUCAGUUUUAAAAGGAUUAGAUUUAGAAAUCACCCCGGGUGGUACCGUAGCUGUUGUUGGACCAAGCGGUUCUGGUAAAAGCACUUUAGCCGCUUUGUUAUUGAGGUUAUACGAUCCUACGCAAGGUAGUGUUUUAUUAGAUGGAAAAAACGUUAAAGAGAUUAACCCGGUUUGGUUGCGAAAACACGUAGGCACCGUUAGUCAAGAACCGAUUUUAUUUUCUUGCACAAUUCGUGAAAAUAUUUUAUACGGCGCUGACAAUCCUGAAUGCAUCACAGAAGAAGAACUUAUUCGCGUUGCUAAAGAAGCAAACGUUUUAGAAUUUGUUGAAAAACUACCGCAUAAAUUCGAAACGAUCGUUGGUGAAAGAGGUGUCAUGUUAAGCGGUGGACAAAAACAAAGAGUAGCCAUCGCUAGGGCGUUAAUAAAAAAUCCAAAAAUACUACUUUUGGAUGAAGCGACGAGCGCUUUAGACGCUCAAUCUGAGUAUUUGGUAAGAGAGGCUUUGGAAAGAGUUAUGAAAGGAAGAACUGUUUUAACGAUUGCUCAUCGUUUAUCAACUAUACAAAACGCCGAUGUUAUUGCGGUGCUUAAAAACGGAAGUAUUGUUGAAAAGGGGACUUAUAACGAAUUAGUUAAUAUUCCCGAUGGAGCUUUUAAGGAAUUAAUCAAACAUCAAACCUUUACAACGGAUGGUUUGUUUAACGAAGAAAGGACUAAAAAUGAAAUUUCUAGUCCGUUUUAGGGUUUUGAGACAGGUGGGUGUAAAAUAAUGUGAAAAAUCGGGUUUUUGUUGUACUUUUUUAAAAAUAUAUUUUUAUGUUAC